GGUGUAUCGUCGUUUAACAAGUUACCCACAUUUGAUCAAUAUGUCUCUCCAAGAAAAAUUUGACCAAGCCGCAGCCAACGUGAAGAACCUGAAAGCUCUUCCAACUGAUGCCCAACUCCUUAACUUGUAUGCCCAUUUCAAACAGGCCACAGUUGGAGAUGCCGAUCCAGCCAAUAGACCUGGUCUUCUAGACUUGAAGGGUAAAGCUAAAUUUGACGCUUGGCACAAACUGGCCGGCACUUCGAAGGAGGAUGCCCAGAAAGCCUACAUCGAGAUCGUCGAAGGUCUCAUAGCUUCCAUCGGCCUCAAAGAAUAAAAGACUUAAUUUUCAAUGAUGCAAGAACAUGAUAAUUUUCAUUAUCGAGUGUACUAUAUAAAUACGCGCGAUUUUUCGCAUCAUCAUCGCGCAUCAGACUUUUUUGACGCCAUCUUUAUUUUACAUUUUUGUUUGAAAUGUUUUUUUUUUAAGAACACAAAUUCAUAUUGAUUUCAUAAAAUUAUCAUGUUCUUACAUUAAUGAACGGUACUUCCAGGGUGCUAAAGCAUAAUAUUGAACAGCAAUGAAAUAACUUGCGUCCUUUUCGAAAUCAUGUUUUAAAAGUAUACACGUACUAGGUCGUUCCGUUUUGUAUUUAUUUUGGUUAAGGAUCUUUAUUUAUAUUUAAGUGGACAUCACGUUAGUUUAAGUGCAGUUUUUUAGUCGUGAUCAAAAUCAUGCGCGACUGUUUUUUUUUUGUAUGUUUUACUUUUUUUUUUAAUAAAUAAAUCUGUUGGGUAUAUA